AUGACGUCUGCAUGUGGAAAGACGGGUGAGUAACAUGCAAUGACCGGUUAUUGUUUAUACGAACGAACGAUUCUGUAAUAACUUAUUGGUUGGGUGACCGUCACAAGAUUUUAAAAUUACACGGGGUUGGAUUACAAUUUAAGUUGUUCAUACAUACAAUUUCAACUGACUUUUGUCGUGAAUUUCUUAUAGCUGCAGUUUAUAAAUCUCGUAUGAUAUAGUAGAUUUGGUUAUACUACUACUAAAGUAUUUUUAAUAUAUUUUUUUUCCAGACACAACCAAAACAAAGGCAGCCGUUUCUUAGACGACGAUGUGUUCUGUGUUCCGUUGUUCUGAGAUCGUUACCCGACGCACAACACAAAAACAAACAAAAAUUAUCGUCUAUACGACAUUUUUUUCCUUUUUUUAAUAUGUAUUAUAAUAUUAUUACAAUUAAAUCGUAAAUACGUUUUAUUAUAUUAAGUAAAAAAAAAAUAAUAAUAAUAAUAAUAUUAAUGAUUCGUUAGUUAGUAAUAAUAUUAUUAUUAUUUUUUAAACAUCAAAUUAAUCGGAUUUUAUACUGUCAUAAAUAUUAUUGUAAAUUUUUUUUUAUCUAUAUAUAUAUUUACGUCAAAUUUAAAAAGAAAAUCAUUCAAACAACAAUACUCAAACGGUCGUGCGCAACGUUAGUCGUUUAAAAAAGAAAACUGGACACAGUUGAGGUCGAGUUAAGAGCCCUGUACUCGUUUCGACUCUGUCCAGUUUUACAAAAUAUUUUGUCAUAUUGUUGUGUUCGUAGAAUCCGAAAAACUCGAAACGCAAAACCAAUUUUAAUUACAUUAUAUAAUCGAAAAAUCGUCAGUAAAUUAACGUUAAUGUAAAAAAAUAAUAAUAAUAAAAUAAAAAACGGGGAGCAUAUGAUUUAAACUAUUACUUAUUAAAUGUUAUUAUCAUUUACGCUAGGUAAUCGCGGUAAUAUUUUAUGCUCACACAAUAUUACUAUACUCGCGCACGCGUUUUUUAGCCAUAUACUUAUUAUAAUUGUUACGCGAAAAUUUACUGUUCAAUUUUAUUACAACGCUUAAUCUAUGUAAUUAUUAUUAUACCUAUAUUACGAUAUUGAACCGCACAACAGUAAAUAUCGUGGCUGUUGGACAAAAAAAAAAAAUCAAAAAAAAUCAAAAUAAUAAUAAUAUUUAAAUAGAACCGUAAGAUUACAUUAUAAGUUAUGCACCGAACAUUAUAUUAAACAUAUUUUAACAACGUUAUACUUAGGUUGCGCCAAUAUCUUUUUUCUUUUUUUUAAUUAUUGUUAUUACUAUUAUUAUUAUCGAUGGGAACGUCGAGUUCAAUAAUAUUCUAACACAAAUACAAUUGAUUCCACAGACAUUCUAAACGUAUUGUUAUAAUAUACGAAAAUAUUUCGAUGUAGUUGGACUACGAUAAUAUUAUUAUUAUAUUAUUGUCUUCGGAGACGGGAAUUUAUUCCAUUUCAGAUUGAAAUUAUUUAUUAUAAACUAUAAUGAUACAAUUAUACACAUUAUUAUGUCUUAUGACUUUUUUUUUAUAAACCAUGCUAUACACCUAGUGCUUUGUAUACAUUUAUUUUUAAUAACAAUCUGUAGGUAUAAUAAUAAUGCACGUGCACAACUAUUGCACAUAUCGACAUUGUUGUUGAAUAAAAAUACAUAUUUACUAAUAUACGAAUUAAUCAAUAUGAUUUGAUUUUUGUUGUUAUACCUAACCGACUAUACUACUAUCGCGUAUCAUAUUUUUUUUUUUUUUGUUUGUCAAUGGUACAGGGAAAAAAUCAGAACCUAACAUUUGUCACAAGUAGGCAGGAACUAAAAUCGUGCGUUUUAAUGACUAAUAUGAUCUUGUUAUUUCUUCAAUGUUGUCUAUUUAGUGUGCACGUUUUUAAAGGUUUAAUUGUUUUUAGUUAACAAAUACAAAAAUAACUGGAUUACUAACACAGUUAUUACCCUUUUGGCGCGUGUUGACACACAUAUUAUUAAUAUGUCUAUGGUUAAAAUCGCCUUUAAACCCAACAUUAAUAAGUUAAUUCGUUUUAAUUAAUUAGAAACCCAAUGGCCAUUUUAAAUACUUAAUAACAAACGAUUUGCCAGUAAAGAUGAUUUCGAAUUUACAUACAUUCGUAUGAACGGAAAUCGGGUUAGAGAAGGAAAACAUAGUCGACGCCGUAAAUGAUUUUAGACAGGCGACCAAUUUACAUUACCGUAGCAGAGUUGUCGCGAUAAUUAGAGGCGAGAACUCGAGCCGUGAAACUGUUUCGUAGAACGUAAAAUAAUACAUUCGAACAGGAUAAAUGUGAUUUGGAAAUCGGAACAAGAAACUUUUUUGGAAUAAAUGUCUAUUAAAACAAAAAGUGAAACGUGAAACAAAUUAAGUAGCGAUGCUAAUCUAUAGCGAUAUAAUGAACAGUUUUUUUUUUUUUUACUCAAGUUUAUACUCGAGGAGAUUAUAAAUCUUUGAUCUCCGUGAUUUCCCGUCUUGUUUUUACUGCCCGGGGUUAUCCGUGUAUAUCCGUAACGCGUAGGGGUAGCUGUUCGAGAACGAUAAAGACAAAUAUAAUUAUAAGGAUAAAUAAUAACGGAACCGUAAACGUGAUUUCUAUGCCUAGGUAUUUUAAGUUUGUAAUAUUGCAGCACGAACUAAUACCGCCGCGCAAUUGCAAUAUCGCUUAGUCCGGAGCCCGUUAAUAAAAUAUUUUUGAGCUGUGCCAUUACGUUCGAUAAAUGUACAAUGUAAAUAUAAUUUCAAUAAUAAUGCGGGAAAAAAAUAAUCAAUUUUUAACGUUGAAACUUUGACUGCGCAAAUAAUUUAAAAGCCCGUCGUUUGAAACAUUCGUAAUAAAAGUAUUGCGAAUCAAUAGGAAAAUUUUUCUUUUUCAGUGACGGUUUUCGGAAAAUCGUUUCAAAAUGCAUUUUCAUUGUUUUUGGUCAGAGACAUCGUUGUUGUUGAAUCUGUACGGAUUCAAUACGCAUGCAAAUACGUGGAUGUUUCAUCUGGACAAUAAUAUUGUCACAGCAUAUUACGUUGCGAUUUAUUGUUCAAUGAUUCCGAUAUGUCUGUUGUUAAUUAUCGUAUUCGAAAACGCGAAAACAAAAUUUCCCCAGGACCAAUUGACCGUUUCCCGCUAAUGUGCGACCGGGUCGGGUUUCCGAAAAUGAUUCUUAUCGUUUUCUCGGACGGGUGCCGUUCGUAUAUUUGUUAUCAAAGUAGACAUAAAUAUUAUUUGAUAACGAUAAAAAUGAUAAAUUUGAUUGUAAUCAGUAAUCACCGCGCACCGUGGUAACCGCCACGGGCGCGUGUUGCCUAAUCGGUCAGCAUUAGAAUCAAUUGCGUCGUUGGCGUUAUCACGAACGCUGGACAGCCAUUUUUUACCUUGGCCGUCGCAGGAUCGUCUGGUCGCUGAUAAGAUAACGUUGACGCCAAAUUUACGUAUUCGUUCACCUCACGUAUCUCGUACCUAGUGUAUAGUUCGUUUCGGGAAGGGAACAAUACGGCGUUUCACGUCAUUGAAUUUAUUUUAAACGGUGAUCGUGGCUCUAUGUGAUGAACCAAUUUAUCUAUGACGAACAAGAGAUAAAAAAAAAAAAAUAAUAAAAUGUACAACAAGCGAUGGAAACGACGUCCCGCCGUCGAUUUGGUUUUACAUUGCCUGCGAUUAGCGGCCAAAUUAGCCAGAAUUUGCCGGAUUCUGUAAUCAAAAGACGGCCCACAUACCACUUUGGACGCGGCCCAAACAGCUGCCGAUCAGGCAACACAACUCAUAUCUAAAACCGUGGUUAUCACUCCGUAAUGCCGCACUGAUAAGACAAUAUAAAACACAUUUCGACUACGACGUCAUCAAUGUACCCACCCUCGGAUCAUAUGAUCUCAGUUACCACCCUCCUAAUGGCUGCUGGCGACUUGCUUCUAAACGACCAGAUUUCAGACAAUGA